AGCCAUGAACGAAGAAGGAGCCAGUUCUGAUGAAGACAUCUCGAAAUUCGACCCUUCGAAUAUCCUGUACCAACGGCUCAUACACCUUGAAUUUCCCGCGCCUUAUUUGCUCCUUGCACAUGGCUUUGUGGACGAUGCCGAAUAUCAUUGCCGUGCAUUUAGGCUUUGUCACUGGAGAAACGAGGGACAAUGCUAAGAAAAUCAUAAAAGGGGCUGGGAAGGGGCCUCGGAUGGCAUGAUUUUUUCGUGUCACGUUAACAGACUUUUUCCACUGACAAUUCUUCAGGGCAGGUCUUGUCUGUGCCGUUCUUUUGCAGUUAGGGGGAAGGAUCGGCUGACACAGCCACCGUUGAUAUGAACGAUAAUAUGCCACCGUUAAGAAUUGCGGGAUG